AUGAUCGAACUAGUUGGAACAACGCUACAAACUGAUGCGAUGGACAGUGAUGUACCUUGCAUCGGUUUCUGUAAUUGGAAACGUAUAUCAGUAUUUCGAAAUACUGUUCCGAUUGUUACGCUGUUACUUGGUGGCAACAUUACAACACUCGUUGUUAUAUGUGAAGGAUUACAGAAUGAAACACCAGUUGUUGCUGUUCUAGGUACAGGUCAUCUUGCAGAUAUCGUCGCUGCCCUGUGCUACGAUCUACGCUCAUAUCACGAACUUACCCAUAAACAAUUCAAUGAUUAUCCAGAUUUAAAGAAGAAAUUAGAAGAAAAAAAGGAGAAAGAUAUACAAGAGUGCAAACUUAGAUUGAAAGAAUUGGGGCGUUUAGAAGGAAAGAAUACAGAUCAAAUCGAUGAUAAAAUUAACAAAUGUGUAAAAAUACUAGAAGACAUGAAUACACUUAUUGCUGUAUACGAUGGAGUUAAAUGUAUUGAUAAUCUAGAAGAUGUGAUUGCAGAUGCAAUGUGGAAUGAAAUAUCCUAUCAUCGCAAGAAUAAGGAGACAAGAAACGAUGGAUACGAUCCAAGAGCUGAAGAAUUGAAAUGGUGUUUGAUCUGGAACAAGGAAGCACGUGGAGAACUGGAGAUUUGGAUUAAUAGUGGAGACGAGAAUUUGGCAUUGGCAGAAACUAAGCGACGUUGGGUAAGCAAACUUGGGCAAUCAGCACUCUUCGAAGCUUUGUGUCGAAACAAAGUCUCUUUCGUCAAUUUGCUCAUGGACAACGGUGCAUCAAUAGAAGCAUUUGAAAUCAACGAUUUGCAGAUUAUUUGUAAAAAAGCAAUGAAUGACGAUGCUCUGCCUCUCGACUGGCCUCCACGUCAUCUUCAUGCAUCAUAUGAUCCGACAAAAUUACAAUUCGAUGGACACUCAAAAAAUCUCAUCGAUGAAUGUUUCAUUCAAGAUAAAAGUCUUGCUAUUAGCGUACUUGAAUGCAAAGCUCCGGCAUUGUAUCAUUGCACGCCGUUGGAUGUAGCACGACGUACCGACUGCAGGGGUUUUCUUGCCAGCGAUACUGUUCAAGCACAUCUCGAUCAAAAGUGAUCUACAGAAGAUUGGAAUUUUGAGAGUAUUCGAGGUCAUAGACGCCAGAACACUGGUUGUAAGAAGUGGUGCACAAAGCCAAUUGACGGAUUGCGUGAUCUAUGGCUCAGAAUUGUCUGGUUUUAUGAAGCUCCAGUAGUGCGCUUCUACUACCAUGCUAUAUUCUUCUUUGCAUUUCUAAUUCUCUUCAGUUAUGUUCUUCUCGUUGACUAUUUUCCGUUGAAUAUAUACGGAGAAACGCGCUCUGGUUAUCAAAUUUUAAGAAUUCCAAUCUCCGAAAUUGUGUUGCACAUUUGCAUUUGGAGUUUAAUUAUCGAUGCAUUACACCAGGUGAUAAUACGUGCACAAUUGGGUUAUAAUAAUAUUAUUAGCACUUGGAAUUGGGAGGAUCUAGCAGCCGUUACUUUUUACUUGGUUGGAUUUAUUACCCGCUUUUUUGUUAUCGAAACACUCUUCAUUGUAUCAAAGAUAUUCAUGGCAAUCGAUCUGAUUAUUUGGUCUUUUCGUGUACUUCAUCUUUUUACUGCUUAUGAAAUCUUGGGUCCUAAAUUAGUCAUGAUUUAUAAAAUGAUGAAAGAUGCCGUUCUGAUCUUCGUGUUUUUCAUUCUUAUUCUUCUCUUCUCAUUUUCGGUUACAUCCUGGUCUCUGCUAACAACUAGCAAUCAAGUUAAUUGGACAUAUGCCGGAGAUGGUUCGUUAUAUAAUGUUACUGUAACGAAUGGUGGUAGUGAUCUAUGGACAUGGCAAUUGUUACGAGAUGUUUCCAAUUGGGGUAUUUGGAAAGUAUUCGGACAAACUGAUGAACCAUAUAACGGUGUUGUUAGCGGUAAUGAUGUUUAUGGUACAUUUGUUUACUUACUUGCAAUUGCCUUCGUAUUGAUAUCAAAUAUACUUCUUGUAAAUGUUCUCAUUGCGAUGUUUAAUGUGACCAUUCAACGUAUACUUGAUCGAUCGCGUAUCAUUUGGAGACAUCAACGAUUCUUGCUAAUUUAUGAAUACAGCGAACGACCAGUAUUGCCUGCUCCGUUGAACGUCUGUUACUAUCCAGUUAAAUUCAUAAUAUAUCUCUGGCGUCUUUGUUGUUGUGAACGUCCAUGUGUAUCAUCUCGAGUCACCCAAAGUACUGGUGAAACUAAAGAUAUAUAA